UUUAAAAUAAAUACAGAACCCACAAGACCAAUUUAUAGAGAAACUUUUCCUCUGGUAUCCAUGAUCAUAGCACUCACUCAAAGACCUCGGUGGAUACUCCUGCUGCUCCUCUGCCUGCCCCUGCAGGAGAAUGAAGGCAGGCAGACAGGACUCUCGCUCCAGCACCAGCAAUGCCAUCUUCACGAGGAGAUCUUCUCCCGAGCCUGGCAACCAUCGCCUCAACCCCAGCAGAGUGUCACCGCCAGGAAGACGCAGCCACCCUGGUGGUUCACCCUUGCCGAGAGCCUCUUCCUGCUGCUGCUGGUGAAGCUGAUCCAGUUGUAGCCUAAACCUUUUCUGUAAUUGCUGCUGUUGAUGGUGAUGUAAGGCCGACAAUGGAGGCGACAAAUGUCACACAUGCUGAGCCUAAAAAUCACACUGGAUGCGGUUUUUUUCUUUGUCCCCCACAUGAUAAUUUGCCGCGGGUCUGCGGAUGAGCGGAUGGAUAGCGUUGGGCUUAGGUGAUUCUAAUUAAAUUGUUCGAAUGUUUCCAAGCGCGCGCGUGGAAAAUCGCUGACAAAUGUUUCCGUCAAAACAGGGUAAAAGUUUUCAUUUUGUUUUUGUGUGUCGAAAUCCAGGCACAGUGGGGCGAAAGAAGAUGUU